AUGAACACAAUCAGAACAAUAUGUCUUGCGACUCUUGUAUUGGGGGUACAUUCAGCCUGGCUAAAUUGUGGAUUGAAUUUGGUUUUAAUCGCAGACUUGACAUGUAACAUACUUCCUAGUGAAAAAACUGAACUAAGGAAAGCCUUGAUACACAACGUCCAAUCAUUGGGACUAAACACCACACAUCCCUUCUCAAACAGAAUUUCAUUGUUAACUAUAUAUGACAAAUCAUCAUUCCAUAAUUUCUACUUCUCAAACUUCACGACAACUGAAGAGGUUGUGGAUUACAUUAACACAACGAUGUACAUGCAUACAGACGGUACAAAAAACUGCUCAAAGAAGCCACGGAGGACGGAUUUGGCGUUUAGAGCUGCAUUAAGGGUGUCCUUUAGUCCUAAAUACGGUCUUAGCCAAAAUGCUAAAAAGAUCAUAGUAUACCAUGCUUAUGGACCUGUGAUUCCAAAUAGGUUGGAUGAAUUAAAUCAAUAUGUCAAAGAUCUUAAAGAUGCGGAUGUAGAAAUUUAUGUCAAUUGUGUUAAACUGUACUAUGUGAAAGGGGGCGCAGCUUGGAGAGACUGUGAAAUUAUGGCACACAAAAUCGUUAGUGAGCCAAAGCACGAACACGUUCGUAUUGCCAAUAGCGCAUUGGGAAUUGAGAAUGCAUUUCAGGAUAUACUGAUGACGAAAUGCCCAGCACAAUGCGUGUGGUCAACCUGGAGUCAGUGGUCUCAAUUAUCACCGAACAUCACGUGUGCUAAACCGAAUUGCAGUACCAUUCCAGCAGACGGCACCGCUCAGCGCCCUCUAUCGAUACGGUUUACACACACGCGUACUGCUCUACCAGACCCACGGUACCCAGGAGCAUGCGACAAAUCUGAGACAGUUUCGAAAGAUGUGGAAUGCAGAAAAGCCAACUGUGGAAUCGCCAACAGCAAUGGAUUUGGAGAGUUUAAUGCUCAUUCCAAGCAAAAAGACCUAGAACAACUUAAGGGCAACAUCCAAAGAGAAAUCCAAAACAUUCCACCGGAAUUAUUAUCAAAUGUGAUGAACAAUGUAGCAAUAAGGAUACUGGCUGUCAUCGAAAUAUGA